AAUAUCAUCUCCCGUUUAUUUUACACAGAGUGGUCCUACUCCGAUGACUGGGUAAAAACGUAUCCAAAAUGUGCUGGUAACAACCAAUCACCGAUAGACCUGGUCGAAAACGAGGCGCAGUACAAUUCAAGUUUAGGCCCUGUGAAUAUAUUUCCUUUGACUGAGAGAAGUGCAGCCACUCUGGAAUUCACUCUUUCCAAUACGGAACAUUCCGCACAGAUUACCAUUCCAGCGGAGACUUUUGCGGUAUCAUUUGGAGACAGCACAGUCGCGGAUUAUGAAGUUUGCCAAAUUCAUUUUCACUGGGGUAGCAAUAUGGAUUCUGGGUCGGAACACAAGAUAAAUGGCAAGAGCUAUGUCUUGGAGACACAUGUUGUUACUUACAAGAAACCCUACCGUAAUUUCGAAACGGCACUCACAAAGAAUGAUGGCCUCGCCGUGCUCUCUUUUCUUCACAAACUGGACGAUGGGGCACCGCCAAGUAAAAAUCAAAUAGGCAUGCUUGGGAGCUUGGAAGCAAACCUUCAAUUCAUACGCAAUGGUGGAAAUAGGAUCACAAUGAACGGAUUUGACUUGUCAAGAAUGAUGGUCCAAGUUGAUCCCCAGUCAUAUUACAGGUACCACGGAUCACUUACCACGCCACCUUGUACUGAGAAUGUAAUGUGGACGGUGUUUCGACAACCAGUUUCUGUAUGGAACAGACAG